AGGUACAUAGGGGCAGGUGCUAUUGAAAUUUACCAAAAGAGGAAAAACAGAGUCACAAAGUGGUAACUGACUUGCUCAAAGCCAUCUGAGUAAGUGUCUGGACUUAUGCACAUAACUUGUACCCAGUAACUGUUUGCCAAAUAAAUGAAUGGAACCAUCAAACACACUGGGGCUGGACUCUGAUCUUCAGACCUGAAGUUAGGCUUCCUUUCCACUGCACUAGGAAUGGCUGUCUCCUAGGCCUGCCUGAAUUUAGAGUUAUUUGCUUUGUCUCUCACUAGACUUCACCUUGAUCAGAGAGUCUGCAAGAUGCCAAACUGGGGCGGAGGAGCCAAAUGCGGAGCCUGCGAAAAGACAGUCUACCACGCGGAAGAAAUCCAAUGCAAUGGGAGGAGUUUCCACAAGACCUGCUUCCACUGCAUGGCCUGCAGGAAGGCUCUCGACAGCACCACAGUCGCAGCCCAUGAGUCAGAGAUCUACUGUAAGGUGUGCUAUGGGCGCAGGUACGGACCCAAGGGGAUCGGAUAUGGACAAGGUGCCGGUUGCCUCAGCACUGACACGGGCGAGCACCUCGGUCUCCAGUUCCAACAGUCCCCAAAGGCAGCACGCUCAGCCACCACCAGCAACCCUUCUAAGUUCACUGCAAAGUUUGGGGAGUCAGAGAAGUGCCCUCGAUGUGGGAAGUCAGUCUAUGCUGCUGAGAAGGUCAUGGGAGGUGGCAAGCCUUGGCACAAGACCUGUUUCCGCUGUGCCAUCUGUGGGAAGAGUUUGGAGUCCACGAACGUCACUGACAAAGACGGGGAACUUUAUUGCAAAGUUUGCUAUGCCAAAAAUUUUGGCCCUACAGGCAUUGGGUUUGGAGGCCUUACACACCAAGUGGAAAAGAAAGAGUGA